AUACACAAGGAAAUCAUAUUACAAUUGGGUGGUAGGUGCGACAAUUCGCAUCGCGUUCUAUAAAGAUUAAAAAAUGUAUUAUACAAGUUGGAAUUUUGCGAGUGUGUGACAUAUCAAGCCCAAGAAAUAUGUUUAUUUAAGUAUGAUCAUCUUAAUAAUGUGGAAGUAAGCUUAGCUGGCCAUAUUUUUAAGGUUAUAAAAAGUACGCUCCUCUUUCGAUUUUUCAACGAUUCGUGUGAUAUAAAAACAAUGGUUUCGCUAACAAGAAUUACGUUCGUCGCAGCUUUUUACGCUUUUUCAGCAAUUUUUAUGCAUACCACAGCAUCUCGUGUCCUUGAAUUAACUGACAGAUUUUUGGAAAUUAAUAAAGAAGGACAAUGGCUUGUAAUGAUGUAUGCACCAUGGUGUGCAUAUUGCAGAAGGUUAGAACCAAUUUGGUCUCAUGUAGCGCAACAUCUUUAUGCUACAUCCAUACGUGUCGGACGCAUUGAUUGUACAAGAUUUACAAAUAUUGCGCAUGAGUUUAAGAUUAAAGGUUUUCCUACAAUAUUAUUUUUAAAAGAAGAUAAUGAAUUUAUAUAUCAUGGAGAUAGAACAAGAGAUGAGAUAGUUAAAUUUGCUUUGAGAUUAAGUGGUCCUCCUGUACAAGAAAUCACUAAGAGCGAAAGUUUUGAUACCAUUAAGAAAGAGCGGGAUCUUUACUUUUUAUAUGUUGGAGAUAGAUCAGGACCAUUAUGGGAGUUAUAUCACAAGACUGCAGAUGUGUUUCAACCAUAUGCAUUUUUUUACCAAUCUUAUCCAGAUGUUGUUGACAGUCAUGCACCUGUGGAAACUACUCCAGCAUUAUUUGUAUAUAAAGAAAAUUUGCAUUAUAAUUUUACUGGUUAUAAUACAGCCGAUAUAGAGAAGUUAAAUGAAACUUUAUAUAAAUGGAUUAAUGCAGAACGUUUCCCAACGUUUCCAAAAGUAACAAAAGGAAACAUUAAUCAACUUUUUUUGACGAAUAAAAAUUUGGUGUUAGCAGUUGUAGAAGAGAAUCAAUUGGAAGAAGUAUCACCUCAUAUGAUAGAAUUUAGAGACAUGGUUGAGUCUGUAAUUAAGAAAAAACGAGAGAAGUAUCACGACCAUUUUCAAUUUGGUUGGAUAGCUAGUCCUGAACUAGUCAACAGUAUAGCUAUGAUGGUUCUGCCAUUGCCAAGCCUAAUCGUAAUUAACACAACUACGAAUCAUCACCAUAUUCCAGAGGAUGAAACAGAAAAGUUGACACCUCAUGUGAUAGAAUUGUUCCUAGAGCAAAUUCGUAAUGAAAGUGCUCCGCAAUAUGGCGGAAAUAGUUUAUUAGUACGCAUCUAUAGAUCAUGGUUCGAGUUGAAAACAACACUUACAGCAAUGUGGAUGGGCAAUCCUAUUUUAACCAUGGUAUUAUUUGGAUUGCCAGCUGGUUUUCUUUCAUUAAUUUGUUAUGGUAUUUGUUGUCCAGAUAUUUUAGAUGCAGACGACGAAGAGGAAGAUCGUUCAAGAGCAAGUCAUAUGAAAAAAGAUUAAAAAUUAUCAGAAAUGUGUCCUAUAAAUAAAAUAAUAAAAUCAUUAUUAUAUAAUGUAAGUAUACAUAUAGAGUUCUGCAGUCUCUGAAAUUAAAUAGGUUUUAUCCUAAUUACUUUGAUUGGCAGAAAUCGAGAAGACAUAAGAUAUUUUACAGUAUUUUAGCAUUUCAUUGUGGCUUCAUCUUCAAAUAUAUCUGAUGAUAAUUGGAAGGUACUUACGUUAUUACAAUUUCAUCUUGG